AUGGCGACGUCGGCGCCACCUGCUGCAGUUUCGGAUGGAGACCGCGUCGAUCCACUUGGAUCCUCCCCUGAAGACCAGAAAGGAGUGUUGCCCAAUGCUUACCACGUACUAUUCAAUCUGGACUUUGAGGCGCGUGUACCCAUCCCCUUCAGUGUCUUCCCGUCGUCGUACCGGAGUGACGCUGUCUCUGAGACUACUCAGACUAGAGUAGAAGGAGAGGUUGACAUCAAGACCACUUCGCGCGUCGGACGGGAAGAUACUGCUGGUGCUCCUCUUCCCGACCCCCGUGUCUACGGAAAGGAAGAAGUUGACGUACGCAUCCGUACCGACGACCGCCGUCCUCACUCUCGCUACGAAGAGACUCGCGUCUACGAAGAGCGUGACCGCUUCUACGACAGCAGACAGAACUACCCUGAGGUAGAACUUUCCCGCGAACGCUUCCGCGAACCGAUUGGUCGUUACGAAGAGCACCCUACCUCUUCCACCACUACUGUCACUCAGGACCGGGCCUACGAGACCCAGCUUGACGUUACCGAACGCGACUUCCGCCGUCGUAUUCAACCCACUUACGAGGUCGACGUAACUUACGACCGUCGCUACCAGCCCGAGACUGCAGCUUACCGUGCUGACGCUUACGACGUCACCCCUGAAGGCCGCAACCCUUACAACCGAUCUACCCAAGUUUCUGUAACAAAGGAGACUAUCCGUGAAGAAGCCCCCAAGUCCAAAAUGGGUUACUACGACGACGAAGGUCACUACCACUCCUUCCGCCGCGGCGUUGAGCGUGCUGCCGACCGCCUCCUCCAUCCUUUCCACCAUGAGCGUGAGGAGGUUGUUGUCGAGGGUGCUCCUCGUGCCCGUGAGGAGGUCCGUAUCAUCGAGCCUCGUGGCGGUGUCUCCAGCAAGGAGAGUGUUCCCAUCCCCGUUCACUUCAUCCGUGUCGGUGACCUCCUCAUCCUCCAGGGACGUCCUUGCCAGGUGAUCCGUGUCUCCGUCUCUCCCCAGACUGGCCAGCACCGCUACCUCGGUGUUGACCUCUUCACCCGUCAACUUCAUGAAGAGUCCAGCUUCAUCUCCAACCCCUCUCCCUCUGUUGUUGUCCAGACCAUGCUUGGACCUGUCUACAAGACCUACCGUGUCCUCGAUGUCCAUGACGAUGGUUUCAUCACCGCCAUGACCGAGACCGGUGAUGUUAAGCAGAGCCUCCCUGUCAUCAGCCAGGGCGGUCUCUUCCAGCGCAUCCGUCAAGCCUACAGCGACGGCCGCGGCAGUGUCCGUGCUCUCGUCAUCAACGACGGUGGACGUGAAUUGGUUGUUGACUACAAGGUCAUCCACGGUUCUCGUUUGUAA